AUGGAGACUGAUCUGUACGACGAAUUUGGCAACUACAUCGGUCCAGAGUUGGACUCCGACGAUGACGAUGAGAACGACUUGGACGCGGAGGACCGAGAUGCCGAUGAGGGAGAAGAGGACGAUGAUGACGAGCAGGCGGAUGCCGACGAUGACGUGCCUGGUAUGGAAGUGGUGUUGCACGAAGAUAAGAAAUACUAUCCGACUGCCGAGGAGGUGUACGGGCCGGAAGUGGAAACCAUUGUCCAGGAGGAGGAUACGCAGCCGCUUACAGAGCCUAUCAUAAAGCCGGUGCGACACAAGCAGUUCACCCUGAUGGAACAAGAGUUGCCGACCACCGUUUACGACAUGGAAUUCCUCGCUGAUCUGAUGGAUAGUACGGAGCUCAUUCGUAACGUUACCCUGUGCGGUCACCUCCACCACGGCAAAACGUGCUUCGUGGACUGUUUGAUUGAGCAGACACACCCAGAAAUCAGGAAACGAGACGACAUAGAUCUCCGGUAUACAGACAUUCUCUUUACUGAACAGGAGAGAGGCGUUGGCAUCAAGAGCACACCCGUUACAAUGGUUUUGCCCGACUCCAGAGGGAAAUCCUACCUGUUAAAUAUCAUGGACACGCCAGGUCACGUCAACUUCUCCGACGAGGUCACGUCCAGCAUCCGCAUCUCGGACGGCGUCGUCCUCUUCAUCGACGCGGCGGAAGGGGUGAUGCUGAACACGGAGCGCCUGAUCAAGCACGCCGUCCAGGAGCGUAUGGCCAUCACCAUCUGCAUCAACAAGGUGGACCGACUCAUCGUGGAGCUCAAGCUGCCGCCCACCGACGCCUACUACAAACUCCGCCAUAUUGUGGACGAAGUCAACGGUCUGCUCAACACGUACUCCACCGACGAGAACCUGGUGGUGUCUCCGCUCCUGGGCAACGUGUGUUUCGCGAGUUCGCAGUACAGCAUCUGUUUCACUCUGGGCUCCUUUGCGAAGAUCUACGCCGAUACUUACGGUGACAUCAAUUACACUGAAUUCUCCAAGAGGCUGUGGGGAGACAUAUAUUUUAACCCAAAAACACGAAAGUUCACCAAGAAGGCUCCCACCAGUAACUCCCAGCGCAGUUUUGUGGAGUUUGUCUUAGAGCCGCUAUACAAAAUUCUUUCGCAGGUGGUCGGGGAUGUGGACACGUCGCUCCCCAGGGUUCUGGAUGAACUGGGGGUCCACCUCAGCAAAGAAGAACUGAAACUUAACAUCAGGCCGCUGCUGAGGCUAGUGUGCAAUCGCUUUUUUGGAGAGUUCACUGGCUUGGUGGACAUGUGCGUGCAGCACAUCCCAUCGCCACAAGAUGGCGCCCGAAACAAGAUAGAGCACACCUACACAGGUGGUCUGGACUCGGACUUGGGGGAGGCCAUGGCUGAGUGUGACCCCGAGGGUCCUCUGAUGUGCCACACCACUAAGAUGUACAGCACCGAGGACGGCGUUCAGUUCCACGCCUUUGGCCGCGUGCUGAGUGGAACCAUCCAGGCGGGCCAACCGGUCAAGGUUUUAGGCGAGAACUACACUUUGGAGGACGAGGAAGAUUCCCAAGUCUGCACCGUAGGCCGGCUCUGGAUUUCCGUUGCCAGAUAUCAAAUUGAAGUCAAUCGAGUUCCCGCCGGUAACUGGGUCCUUAUCGAAGGAUGCGACCAGCCCAUCGUCAAAACGGCUACCAUCACCGAGCCCCGAGGGAACGAGGAGGCUCAGAUUUUCAGGCCCUUGAAGUUCAACACGGCGUCGGUGAUUAAAAUCGCCGUGGAACCCGUCAACCCGUCGGAGCUGCCCAAAAUGUUGGACGGACUACGGAAGGUCAACAAAAGUUACCCCUCCCUCACCACAAAGGUGGAGGAGUCCGGAGAGCACGUCAUUUUGGGCACAGGGGAGCUCUACCUGGACUGCGUGAUGCACGACCUCCGCAAGAUGUACUCGGAGAUCGACAUCAAAGUUGCCGACCCGGUCGUGACCUUCUGCGAAACGGUGGUGGAGACUUCGUCUUUAAAGUGUUUUGCUGAGACUCCAAAUAAAAAGAACAAGAUCACCAUGAUUGCCGAGCCCUUGGAGAAGGGGCUGGCCGAGGACAUCGAGAACGAGGUGGUGCAGAUCACUUGGAACAGGAAGAAGCUGGGCGAGUUUUUCCAGACAAAGUACGACUGGGAUCUGCUGGCCGCCAGGUCCAUCUGGGCCUUCGGUCCGGACACGACGGGGCCCAACAUCCUUGUGGACGACACGCUGCCUUCGGAGGUGGACAAGGCGCUGCUGGGCUCGGUCAAAGACAGCAUUGUUCAAGGAUUCCAGUGGGGUACAAGGGAAGGGCCACUGUGCGACGAGCCCAUCAGGAACGUCAAGUUCAAGAUCCUGGACGCGGUCAUCGCUCAGGAGCCGCUUCACCGCGGAGGCGGACAGGUCAUCCCAACCGCCAGGCGAGUGGUGUACUCGGCCUUCCUUAUGGCCACGCCGAGAUUGAUGGAGCCGUAUUACUUUGUGGAAGUUCAGGCCCCGGCCGAUUGCGUCUCCGCCGUCUACACGGUCCUCGCCCGGAGGAGAGGCCACGUCACGCAGGACGCGCCUAUCCCGGGCUCUCCCCUCUACACCAUUAAGGCCUUCAUACCGGCCAUUGAUUCCUUCGGCUUCGAGACCGACCUUCGCACGCACACACAGGGACAGGCUUUCGCCCUGUCCGUCUUUCACCACUGGCAGAUCGUUCCCGGCGACCCGCUGGACAAGAGCAUCGUGAUAAGGCCCCUGGAGCCUCAACCCGCCCCGCACCUGGCCAGAGAGUUCAUGAUCAAGACCCGACGACGCAAGGGUUUAAGCGAGGACGUAAGUAUCAGCAAGUUCUUCGACGAUCCUAUGUUGUUGGAGUUGGCCAAACAGGACGUGGUGCUAAAUUAUCCCAUGUGA